CCCUCUCAACCUGGCCCCUCUGUACCGUGGACCCAGCUCUGAGCUCCCACUCUCCACACGCAGUCGCUUUGUUUUGACAUGAAAUUGGGAUUUAAAAUCCGGAAUCUCUGGGGACUUCUGAGCUCCACUUUCACGCAGGGGAUCGGGGACGAGCCGGGAUCCCGUGACUCGGGGGCGCGCCUGGGACUUGGCUGUAAAUGUGUAAAAGUUUGAAGUGAGAGGAAGCGCAGGGAGAGUGAGAGAGAGCGAGCCUGAGCUGAGGAUUGACAGAGCCCCGUGUGCCCAGGACCUUGUCAUAGGGGGCUUCAACUCCCCCCACCGAAUUGUUGCCUUGUUCCCCACCUCCCCUUUGUAUUGGGACAUCACAUUCCCUGUCGAUGUGAGGCACUGGAGGCGUGUAGUCAUGUGUUGGACCAGCGUUUUGUUCUAUCCAGUAGCUGCUCUGCUGCUGUCCUUACCAUUCUGUCAGCUGUCUAAAUACACUCCAGGAGUGAUGCCGUUUGAGGAGGUUUGGAAUCGCAGCCACUGUCGGGCCAUUGAGGUGCUGGUGGACGUUGUUCGAGAGUAUCCGAGCGAGGCGGAGUAUAUCUUCAAACCCUCCUGCGUACCUCUCCUACGGUGUGCUGGCUGCUGUGGCGAUGAGAAAUUACGGUGCACGGUACGGGAGAUGUACAACGUAACGAUACAGGUCAUUAAAUUGAAACCUUUGGACCAUGUGACUAGCCAAGAGGAGAAAAUCUUCACUGAGCACAGCAGCUGUGAAUGUCGACGACGACGGAAGAGGUUGAAAGGUGACAGGAGAAACAACAAAAGGAAAGGCCAGAGGCGAAGGACAAAGAUAGAAGACGUGCCCGAGCUUAACCAAUGCCCCUCAUCGAAGCGGAGGCACCUCCAAGCAGCCUGAGGCCUGGCUUGCGAGAUCACUGAACCGUGGAGAGACAUUUUGAAUGCGGAGCUGCGGCAAUGACGAGCAACGUUGGCAGCUUCUUGAUGUUGUUGCGGCUGCCUCUCCUACUGCAGCUGGCUGAGUGAACUGGAAUUUGCUCAUUUUUGAAGAGGGAGG